CGACUCUUAACAGUCGCAACUAAACUCGCGCGCGGAGUACCACGCGCGCGUCCUCGAAAGACGAAUCCUCGCGCGUAUACGUCUCGCAACACGGGGAACGAGAUUUACGCCGUUUGCGACACACGAAGGGAAGGAGAAAUCUCGCCUUCCGGAGGCGCGCGACUUCCCUGGCAGAAAUAUGCGUUUGCGCGCUGUGCGACUUCUCGGCGCGAAUUCGGCAGACAGUCGUCAGUUCUUGGCGAGAGCGUGAUUCUGUGUGACGCGAGAUAACAGGGUGGUACGUGCCCCGACGGUCUCGAAAUCUCGCGGGUUCCGAACUCCGAUCGCGCCUAAUCAACGCGACGCGACGCGACGCGCGACCGUGAGAUUGCGUGGUUGCGAAAUUCACGGCGGUACCUGUCGCCGAUUGCGUCGAGAGUCUUCUCCGAUUCACGCGGUGCGAUUACGUAGAAGAUAAGAGACAGCCUCGUGGACUGUGAUCUCUCGCGGAGUUGCAUCCUGGUUUUUCCGCGUCGCAGACGAGUCGCGUGAUUCGUGCGACAAAGCGGCGAGGAAACCGAGACGAGGCGAGGCGGCGGCGACGCGACGCGACGCGAUCGACUUUCGGAGGAGCCGAGCGGGCGAAAAACUUGCCGGAAUUUUUGAAUUAGCUGACGAGGCUCGUAUUCCACGGCACACAAGCUCUCGACUCCGCCGUCUCUCGCGCUCGCGCUUCGGCCACGUGGGUGUUAUUCGGGCCUAGAAUUUGCGCCUCCCUUCUCCGGGAGGAGGUCGUACGUGGGAGACGUAUUAUUGUGCCAACGAGUUCAUUCAUCGUGCGGAUUCCAGCCCGCCGGAAGUGACGAGGAACGACGACUUCCCCGCUGGUGGUGGCGGCGGUUGGUGAUGGUGCGGUAGUGGUGGUGGUGGUGGUAGUGGUGCGCGUACCAGUUGAGCGUUGCAUCGUGCAUACGUGCACGCACUCAACGCACUCGCGCGCGCGAACGCACGCACGCACGCACUCGCGCACUCACGUACACACGCGCGCACGCGCGCGUGCUGACCUAGAGGAAGCGAAAGGAGAGAAGGAAGGACUGAAGGAGAGGAUGUCGACUCGCCGCCGGGCGACCGCGACCGCGUCGCGCGGCGAGAUGCAGCGUCCUGUUGUCGGUCGACGGCCAGUCGCUCUUUGAAGGUUUCGCCUUAUCGACGAUGGACUGGAGUGGUCGGACAGACCGCGCGAGGCAACGAGAGGUCGUGCACUGUGUAUCGUUAUUGUUUCCUCGUUGGGGCGAUUCCGCGCCGCGGUCGCUGACGCGACUAUGCAGCUGAAGAAAGCGAUGCUUAAGAUAUUCGAUCAAUGCCUGCAGUUUCGGAGCAUCGAGGAGCCGAGGAUGACGGCGGAGACGGCGGCCCCCUGCGUGCAAGGGGUACAGGGAGCCCAGAGCGGUGUGGCGAGCCAGAAUAUGCUGCAACAGGUGCAGGAUGGAAACGGUAGCAGCGGUGGCAGCGGCGCUUAUUAUUCCUCGACCUCGACGGCGUACGAUCCGGAAUACGCCCGUAUGGAGGCCUGGCUCGACGAGCAUCCCGACUUCGUCAACGAUUACUUUCUCAGUUUUGGGUUUUUCGGUAGGAAAGUGACACGGCAGACUGUGGACAUGUGGCUGGUGUCACACGCGACGCCGACCUCGUCGUCCAGCAGUUGCGUGGAGCUCUCGAGUCCGACCCACGUCGGGACUGGUAAUUCGUCCUCCGGACGAGGCGGUGCCGGUGGCUCGGGUGCCACGACACCGGUACGCAAAAUUUCGGCGCACGAGUUCGAGCGCGGAGGCCUUCUGAAGCCGAUCGUCAACACGAUCGACGGCACGCCGACCUUCUUAAGCGUGUCGACGGGCGACGCGGGUCAGCCGGGCGGGCCGCAAGUUGGAUCCGGUAAUUCGAAUCGGCCGCAAAGGCGAUCGAGACACGAGCUCAGGCACCUCGACGAAAAGGAUCUCAUUUUCGAGCUGGUCAAGGACAUUUGCAACGAGCUGGAGGUGAGAUCGUUGUGCCAUAAGAUCUUGCAGAAUGUGAGCACGCUCCUUCACGCGGAUCGCGGUUCGUUGUUCCUCGUCCAAGGAGAGAGAAGCGGCGCCGCCGCCGCUUCUGCUGCUGCCGCCGCUGCUGUUACCAACGCACCAUCCUCUCCGAAUCAUGAGGCCGUUGCGAGCAACUCCAACAACGAACACAAUCCGCAUCGCGAUCAAUCUUCUACGAGGAGCAGGUGUCUGGUGUCGAAGCUAUUCGAUGUCUGUUCGAGAUCGACGUUGAUUGAGAUGGAAAAGAAAGACGAAAUUAAGAUUCCCUGGGGUACCGGAAUCGUCGGAUACGUCGCUGAAAGUGGGGAGCCUGUCAAUAUACCGGACGCUUACAAGGAUUCGAGGUUUAAUCGCGAAAUUGAUGCUUUAACGGGAUACCGUACGCGUGCCUUACUGUGCAUGCCUAUUAAGGAUUGCAACGGUGACGUAAUCGGGGUGGCACAGGUGAUCAACAAACUCGGCAACGAGAGCCAAUUCACCACGCAGGACGAGAAGGUUUUCGCCGGUUAUUUACAGUUCUGCGGUAUCGGUUUAAGAAACGCUCAGCUUUACGAAAAAAGUCAAUUAGAGGUGAAGAGAAAUCAGGUUUUACUGGAUUUGGCUAGAAUGAUUUUCGAGGAACAAAGUACGAUAGAGCACAUGGUUUUUAGAAUUCUUACGCACACGCAAUCGUUGAUUCAAUGCCAACGUGUUCAGGUGUUGCUCGUACACAAAGCUUCAAAGGGAAGUUUCUCGCGCGUUUUCGAUUUCGAAGCGAACGAUCUCGCUGGCGAGGAUUCAAAUUCUCGCACUAGUCCUUUCGAGAGUAGGUUUCCUAUUAAUGUUGGCAUCACGGGUUACGUAGCGACAACCGGUGAGACUGUCAAUAUACCGAACGCUUACGAAGAUCCGAAAUUCGAUCCGUUGGUGGACGACGGUACCGGCUUUAGGCAUCGUACGAUUCUUUGUAUGGCCAUCAAGAAUUCGUCCGCUCAGAUAAUCGGCGUCAUUCAGCUGAUCAAUAAAUUCGACGAUCUGCCUUUCACGAAGAACGAUGAAAAUUUUGUCGAGGCGUUCGCGAUCUUCUGCGGGAUGGGAAUUCAUAAUACGCACAUGUAUGAGAAGGCUGUGAUAGCGAUGGCAAAACAAAGCGUCACUUUAGAAGUACUGAGUUACCAUGCAUCGGCGUCGUUGGAGGACGCGCAGAGAUUGAGGAGUUUAAGGGUUCCGUCAUCGGCGCAUUUUAAACUGCACGAUUUCAAGUUUGACGAUAUACACAUGGAAGACGACGAAACUCUUACUGCGUGUCUCAGGAUGUUUCUCGACUUGGAUUUUGUCGAACGAUUUCACAUCGACUAUGACGUACUUUGUCGUUGGUUGUUGAGCGUAAAAAAGAACUAUCGGAACGUUACGUAUCACAAUUGGCGACACGCCUUUAACGUGGCCCAAAUGAUGUUUGCUAUAUUGACGGCUACACAAUGGUGGAAGAUCUUUGGUGAAAUUGAAUGUCUCGCGCUUAUCAUCGCCUGUUUGUGUCACGAUCUCGAUCAUCGUGGAACGAACAAUUCUUUUCAAAUUAAAGCCUCGUCGCCACUGGCACAGCUGUACUCGACCUCGACGAUGGAGCAUCAUCACUUCGAUCAGUGCCUGAUGAUUUUGAGCAGCCAGGGAAAUCAAAUUCUGUCAAAUCUCUCGCCAGAAGAAUAUUCGCGCGUGGUAAAGGUUCUUGAAGAAGCGAUACUCUCUACCGAUCUGGCCGUUUACUUUAGAAAGCGCGGGGCUUUUCUUAAUCUAGCACGCAGUGGUGGCUACAACUGGGCGUUCGGUGAUCAUCGAGAGCUUCUACGCGGGAUGCUGAUGACAGUCUGUGAUCUGGCUGCCAUCACGAAACCGUGGGAGGUCGAAAAGAGAGUAGCCGAACUCGUUAGUAGCGAGUUUUUCGAACAGGGCGACAUAGAGAGGCGGACGCUUAACAUUACACCUAUCGACAUUAUGAAUCGAGAAAAAGAGGACCAGCUACCGAUGAUGCAAGUCGGCUUUAUCGACUCGAUCUGUCUACCUAUCUAUGAGGCGUUCGCCCAUCUGUCGGACAAACUUGUCCCGCUCGUCGACGGGGUCAGUAUGAACAAGCAACAUUGGUUGGAGAUUGCCGAGAGCGACCAUCAGGCGGAGACCUGCACGAAUCACGAUAGGACGCCGUCAACAUCGGCGUCCGACAACGAUGAGACCAGCGAACAAGCGGACCAAUAGUCAUUACGAUGACGUUACUGGCUAAUUAAAGUCGAAUGUACCAAACGCAAGCGUAUCAUUCGCCAGUCGUCAGAAAGAGAAAUACGGGAUAUGGUUUAUUAUCCUCGCGGGCCGUUUCCCGUGACGUCCAUUUUCCUCGUCUCAAUUAUAUCACGGCCUGUGUCCUGCGCGAAUACGAAUAGAUGAUCCGUCCGUUUAACGGACUCUGCGUUAAUUCCUUUCCGUCAAUUUCUACAGAUCUGUUGAUCAAAUAGAUUGAAUAUACAACUCUCUCGCGUUGAAACGUGUGUCUUAAUCAAAAUUAUUCUGUAAAUUUGAUAUAUAACAAAUUGAAGAAGCUAAAUGUGACGAAAUGAACGAUCUUGUGAAAUAUGAUGAGAAAGAUCUUUGUUCUCUCUCUCUCUCUCUCUCUCUCUCUCUCUCUCUCUCUCUCUCUCUUUCUCUCUCUCUCUCUCUCUCUCUCUGUGUCUCUUUCUCUCUAUCUUGUAUCCUGUUCCUUGAUCUUCCCUCCUCUCACCCAUUUGUCCAUCCUCGAGACUAAACCGAUUACAAUCUCCAUAUGCUACUACUGUACCUGAUUGUAUUGUAUAUAUAUUUACUGUGACACAGACCCAUUCGAUGUAGAGAGAGAGAAUAAAGACGGGGGUAUGAUUCUCGAAAAUGAUACAAUAGUUUUCGACGCGAGCCAGCUCGUCGAAGGACACAACCGGAACGGCGCCUAUACGCGCGAUUAGAUUACGUAUUUGUAUACCAAAGUGUAAAUUUAUAUAUCGAGAUCGGUCGCGACUAUCAGUCAGCUGGCAAAAUAACGACGCGAGUGGUCUGUUACGCGCGUGCUAAUUAAUUAGCGGUUAACCGCAGCAGACAUGGGUUUCUUAGUUGCUUUGCUUUCUGUUACAGAAAUGAUUUUAGAUUCCUCGAAUCGAUCUCGAACCCUCCUCCCCACAGCCGUUUUCGUCUUCGCGUAGAGCUGUUGUAUCGCUAGAGAAGCAAAUAAUACGAAAGAUCUAUAAGCGACAAAUUUGUGUAGCGUCGUCUUGGUUGGACUCUGAAGCUCACAUUAAAACGGACUGUACAUAUAUACAUGUACGGACGGGGUAAUAGGAGAUUUAAAAUUCUUUUCGCGUGUUCCUAUCGCUGAUCCUUGCUAUAAUACUUAACGUUAUAGAACGUACGGUAAACUUACUAUCGCACGACACGUGUCUGUGACUCGGAGAGACAUGCAUAUCAUUAGAUAGUCGCGACGGAACGGGAUAGCCCUCAUAUCCGGCGUCAUAUCAUACGGUGGAAAGCGGAAUUGGCACACGCGGGACGGACGAUAAAAAAGGAUCUAAUUCCCGUGUCCGAGAGAUUCGCCUGGCACGCAUACCACGGCUCUGAGGAGACGAAGACAGUCUAGGCAUUUAGUGAUCGCAACGUGUGAUCGUUACUUAUAGCGUGUGACUUCCUAUAUGUUCCUUCAAAUCUGCAAUCUUUAAAGUGACUUUCCUUCUUUUUCUUUAAUUUUUUUACUCUAAUGAUAUCCGAAUCCAAGCUUGAUACUUGGUCCUGCGUCGUCCCCUCCCCAAUGACGACGACGAUGACGAUAAGACGCGGGGUAAAGUGAAGAAAAAAAAAAAAUAAUAAAAAUAAAAAAUGUAACAAGUGUGAUAAAGUUUUCCUUGUGUGCGUGUAAUUGCAGCGCGGAUGUAUGCUCGAGAGUAGGAGAGAGCGAGAAACGGCUAAUAUAUAUUGUACAGUAAUUUUUUGUGUAAAUUAUAUUGCGAAAUGGCGCGUACGUCGAAUUGUUUACGAUAACGAUUAUAGCGCGAGUCAUAUACAUAUACAAAAUAUAUAUUCUACAAACAAUAUCUAAUAUAUUAAAGCGAGAAUAAAUUAUGCGAAUAUA